AAGAUCGGGAAGCAAAAUAAAGACCAUGCGGUUUACGACGCAUUCAUCAUUUGAUAUUAACCGCUGAUUAUGUAAUGUUUACUGUAGGCGCAAGUGUCUAUCGCUAGCCCACGAAAUCGACUUUCGCCUUCAGUAUGUACAUGUAUGGCACAGGGACUCCGAAAGGUCUGCGAGAUUAGUGUCGCUGCUCACUUCGUUCGCAGCAAUUAUAAAUGUAAAGCGAAAGCAGGAAUGCGUUACUUUCACUUUAAUUAAUGCACUGUUCAAAACUGUUUAUUCUCACGAUACGACAUUUUUUUCCUGCUCUCUGCAACGACUUCAGAACGAUAGAAAUUUCGAGCAAGAAAAAAAUCUUUCUUAACUUUUUUUCCAAAAUAGCCGAAUUCACGGUCCUCGGGAUGUAUUAGGCUGAUUGCCUCCGUUCUCGCAAGCAGAACACAAGCUGUGGACGUCGUGCAUGGCUUUUGGUUAUCAUUAUGCAGAUAUGGCUUUUAUCAGCAGGUGUGCAAUGUUUUCAAUGGCUUGCUGAACCGCCAAACCAAACAAUCACUGAAUCUGGUAAAAAUGUCAGUAUAUCCUGGCGGUACAUAUUGGAAAAUGGCGAGAAACCCAUCAGCUCGAAGAUUUACAUCGACGGCGAAAAAAGAAUUACUAUAGCGUCAAUGAAUAUACUAAAAAAAAAGUACCUUCUCAUUGAAGAGUAUGAUGGAGCAGCGAAAGUGAUUUCUGAAAAUUCUACAGUGACAUUGGAAUCUUUCUUCAUAAAAAAGAAUUUGGCUGAUAAAGAAUAUUGUAUUCAUAUGGCGAUUUCCGUUGAUCUUGCGACAAAAGAAUUUUCAAAAGAAUAUAGAAGCUGUACUAAGUUAUCAGUGUAUGUUUAUCCAAGGAUUGUAUAUCACUCACCCAAGAUAAUCAAACCUAAUGGUAGCACUGUGGAACUGAAAUGCAAUGCAACUGGCGAUCCAGAACCAUCAAUCACCUGGACAAAAGUAGGAAAUAACUCCGUAUUGACCAAUUCUUCACUGAUGACAGUGAAUAUCACUCAACAAGCAUUUGGAGAAUAUUGUUGUAUUUCUGCCAACAAAUAUGCAAAUGAUACAGCAUGUAUAGAGAUUGGAGAUCCACCAUUGUUAUUGAAUACUACAACCAUUAACUACACAAUGAUAAACAACAGCGUUACCAUUAUUUGUCUGGCUACAGGAAUCCCAAUUCCUACAAUAGAAUGGACUGACCUUUCAGGCAAUAUAAUCCACCAAUCAAAAGAUGACAAUUACACUAUUCCUUUUAAGCAUUGCAAGAAUGAAACGUUGAUAUAUUACUGUAGGGCGCGGAGCACCACGGGAAAAACCCCGAAGAAGAAAAUCAGUGUACACGAAUAUCCUAAUUUCGACCUGGAAGUAGCGAAUAAUCAAGGUUCUGACUUAGGCCAAGAGCAGCUUGACGUAAUAGAAGCUCAAGCUCAAGCCAAAAACACAAAGAGAGCAACUGAAUGGGGCUUGAAAAAGUUUUUCAAGUGGAGUGAAAAACGACAAAUCAGUGUUGACUUGAAAACUAUUGCUCCAAAAGAACUUAACGAAGUUCUAAGGAAAUUUUACGCAGAGGUUAAAACAGAAAAAGGACAGCCCCUGACCCCAAGUGCAUUGACAGGAAUAAGAGCAGCCAUACAUCGCCAUUUAACAUCGGCUCCGCUAAGACAGCGCCUUCAUGUCUGCUAA